UCCGCUUCCGGCAGCGCGGGUGACGUGACGGUGCCCCUCCCAAGAUGGCGGACAACCUGCCCUCCGAGUUUGAUGUGGUGGUGAUAGGGACCGGUCUGCCUGAAUCUAUUAUUGCAGCAGCAUGUGCCAGAAGUGGCCAGAGGGUUCUUCAUGUUGAUUCGCGAAAUUACUAUGGUGGAAACUGGGCCAGUUUUAGUUUUUCAGGAUUAUUGUCCUGGAUUAAAGAAAAUCAGCAAAAUACGGAUAUCAAGGAUGAGUGUGAAGACUGGAGAAAGUUGAUCCUUGAGAAUGAAGAAGUUAUUUCUCUUAAUAAGAAGGAUAAAACUAUUCAACAUGUAGAAGCUUUCUGUUUUGGAGAUCAGGAUGCAGCUGAAGAUGUUGAAGAAGCUGGUGCACUAGCACGGGUGCCUGCCUUUGGAACCUCGGUUGCUGAAGAACCGGAAAAAGAAUGCUCACCACUGGAGAGCUCCGUUCCUGGAGCUGAGAACUGGGAAUCGGAUAAAGCUACAAGCACGGAUCCACCAAAUGCAGCAGAAGGGAGCGUUACAGAAGUAAACUCUGAGAAUGAAAGUUCUCAUGGUGCAGCGUCUGGCGAAUCCACUCUGGAAUUGGGAAAAAGUGAAGCUGCACUCUCAGAAGUUUCUGCCCAGGAACCAAAGAAAAUCACAUAUUCCCAAAUUGUUAGAGAAGGCAGAAGGUUUAAUAUUGAUUUAGUUUCUAAGCUGCUUUACUCCCGAGGUCUAUUAAUUGAACUUCUGAUCAAGUCAAACGUUAGCAGAUAUGCAGAGUUCAAAAAUGCAACACGAAUUCUUGCCUUUCGAGAAGGAAAAGUAGAACAGGUACCUUGUUCCAGAGCAGAUGUCUUCAACAGCAGGCAGCUUGCGAUGGUGGAAAAACGAAUGCUAAUGAAAUUUUUGACAUUUUGUUUGGAGUAUGAACAGCACCCUGAUGAAUACCAAGACUACAAGAACAGUACAUUUGCUCAGUUCUUAAAAACACGAAAGCUAACACCUAGCUUGCAGCACUUCAUUCUUCAUUCUAUUGCAAUGGUGUCGGAAAAUGAUUGCAACACUCUUGAAGGUCUUCAGGCAACAAGAAAGUUUCUUCAGUGCCUUGGCCGCUAUGGCAACACACCAUUUUUGUUUCCUCUGUAUGGUCAAGGAGAGAUUCCACAGUGUUUUUGCAGGAUGUGUGCUGUAUUUGGUGGUAUCUAUUGUCUUCGCCAUUCUGUGCAGUGCCUUGUAGUGGACAAAGAAUCAGGACGAUGCAAAGCAAUUGUUGAUCAUUUUGGACAAAGAAUAAGUGCCAGCUAUUUUAUUGUGGAAGAUAGUUACCUUUCCGAGAGUGUAUGCGCAAAUGUAUGUUAUAGGCAGCUCUCCAGAGCAGUGCUCAUUACAGAUCAGUCUGUGCUAAAGACAGAUUCAGAGCAGCAGGUUUCUAUUUUGACAGUGCCUCCAGUGGAUUUAGGACAACCAGCAGUUUGUGUCAUUGAGCUGUGUUCCUCAACUAUGACAUGCAUGAAGGACACAUAUUUAGUCCAUUUAACCUGUCCAUCAACAAAAACUGCGAGGGAAGAUUUAGAGCCUGUUGUACAGAAGUUAUUCAGUCUAAAUGCUGAAACAGAAAAAGAAACUGAAGGUGAAGAACUGGAAAAACCUAGAGUCCUCUGGGCAGUAUAUUUUAACAUGAGAGAUUCUUCAGGAAUUGACAGAAAUUCAUACAGUGGUUUGCCCUCAAAUGUGUAUGUCUGUUCUGGCCCAGACUCAGCUUUAGGAAAUGACUGUGCUGUCAAACAGGCUGAGACUGUUUUCCAGGAAAUGUUUCCUACAGAGGAAUUUUGUCCAGCACCACCAAAUCCAGAAGAUAUUAUUUAUGAUGAAGAUGAGAUUGCAUCAGAAGAGACAGGAUUCAAUAAUUCACCAGAGACAAAACCUGAAUCCUCAGUUCAGGAAAGCAGUAGCAGAGGUAGUACUGGUGUUAAAGAGCAUACUGAGGAAUGAAUUAGCUCUGCUCUCUUAACAGAAGAGGCACUUGGCAGAACUUGAAGGGAGGAAGGGAAAAAAAAGAAAAAAAAAAGAGGUUGAAAAAAACCCUUGGUGAUACUAUUUGUGAUUGCCUUACUUUCCUUAGCUUGAAUAAUCUUUCUUAUUCAAAUAGCUUCAUUACUAGCUAUUGCUCAGUAAAGUCAUAAGUCUAACUGGUCCAGGGGUGUUAAUAGCUGAAAUAAGAUAAAAGUUAUGAAACACAGUAUUUGAGUUUAAGAUGUUAAAAUAUAAUUAAUUACUUUUUGGGAUAAUUUGGUUUUGGUUUACAUCUUGGAAAGAAUCCUCUAUCUUUUAGACAGUGAAGUCAAAACUAACUGCAAGAUCAUGAAAGGUUGCUUACUAGUAAGAGGAUCACCUUCUGUUAUAAAGUGUCAGAGUUCUGCUAAAAGUCAUUGUGCCUGUGCUAGUUCAGUGUCAGCUUAAUUAUCUGUAAUUCAGAUUGCUUUUUAGGAAAGAAUCUUACAGGUGAUAAUAUUGACAGUGCUGGAAUGGCGUUAUAAUACAUGAGAUGUCAUGUUUAAUUUGCAUAGUGGAAAAAAAAUUAGUGGUUUUGAAACUGAAGCCAUGAAUUAGAAAUAAGUAUAGUUCAGUGGAUGUUCCACACAGGGAACAGUUUUUACAUUCAGAAUGCUUUCCCUUUAGAAGAUUGCAUAAUCACACUUUUUUUACCAGAUGCUUUAUUUUCUGUAGCACAAAUUCAAACUGAAUGCUAGACUUCCCAACAAAAUUCAAACUCAUCUACUGAGCAUAACUAUUGUUAUCUUCCCUGGAUUUAUGGUAGUGUUUGGACCUCUCAUAAGCCAGUAAUUGUUUGUUUGCAAGUACGAUGUCUGAGCAUUUUAGCGAUGAGCUGAGGUGUUCCUGCAGAGAAGGUAAACCUGCUGAGGAGAAGGUUCAACUGCUAAUUCUAAAGGUUUGUAUUGAUCCCAGUUAAGGGGAUUAAAACUAGUGUGAUAGCUGUACAUGCUGUGUUUUGUAAUUAUAAUCAUAAAACAUUUAUACGAUAAAAUUUAUUGAACUAUUUAUAACAGUAGUUUAUAUGAAGAGUUACGGAAUGAC